AUGAAUAUUAGUUCUUUGUUCUUAAAAAGAAAAAACUAAAAAUAGAAAUAUAGAUACUUUUGCAAUUAUCUUUAAAAAAUAAAUAACCGGUAAAUUGUUUUCUUUAAUCUUAAAUAUAUGAUACUACAUGCAAAUAGUCCGGCAUAUAAUUGGCGUCCUGAGGAAGUAAACGGCAUCAGGACAUCCACCGAAAGAGAAAAAAAAAAAAACAGAAAAGAAAAAAAAAAACACAUCAGGACUUAUUCAAAGACACACGUUGAAUACUACUUGUUCCAAAGAGGCCAGGUGUUUAUUUAGAAGCGACAGUUUUUAGGAUCUAUUAGAAGCCCCUAUUAACUGCUUCCUACACCAUCUAAACUCAAAAAAUAACUAAAGACAGAUAUGGGAGAGGAAAGAUCAAAAGCAAAGGAAAAAUAUCAGCUGGUUUUCGCCAUUAAUGGCGUGAGGUUUGAGCUUUCCAGUGUCCAUCCUUCUACUACUUUGCUUCACUUCCUCCGUACUGACACCGCUUUCAAGAGUGUCAAGCUUAGUUGUGGUGAAGGUGGCUGUGGUGCCUGUGUUGUGCUGCUUUCCAAGUAUAAUCCAGUGCUCGACAAAGUUGAGGAUUUCACUGUAAGUUCUUGUCUGACACUGCUUUGCAGUAUAAAUGGAUGUUCAGUUAUAACAAGUGAUGGUCUUGGUAACAACAAAGAUGGGUUCCAUUCAAUUCAUCAAAGAUUUGCUGGAUUCCAUGCUUCCCAAUGUGGUUUCUGUACUCCUGGAAUGUGCGUGUCACUGUUUGGUGCACUUGUUAAUGCUGAAAAGACUGAUCAGUUCGAACCCUCUUCAAGAUUUUCCAAGCUGACAGUCAUUGAAGCUGAAAAAGCUAUUUCAGGAAAUCUUUGUCGUUGUACUGGAUAUCGACCUAUUGCUGAUGCUUGUAAAAGUUUUGCAUCUGAUGUUGAUAUGGAAGACUUGGGAUUCAACUCUUUCUGGAAGAAGGAAGAUUGUCAAGAAAUAAAGAUAAGCAAAUUGCCUGAUUAUAAUAGGAAGAUUUGUACUUUUCCUGAAUUCCUAAAAUCAGAGGUCACCAAAUCUUCCUGGUUUUUAGAUUCUGAAAGUUACUCUUGGUAUAAACCUGGUAGCAUUGAGGAGCUUCAAAGCCUAUUAGAAGCUACUGAUGCUAAUAAUGGAGUUCAAAUGAAACUGGUUGUUGGUAACACAAGUGUGAGUUACUAUAAAGAACUGGAACAAUAUGACAGAUACAUUGAUCUUUCAUGUAUUCCUGAGCUCUCAAUCAUUAGAAUGGAUCAGUCUGGUAUUGAAAUUGGAGCUACUGUGACUAUUUCUAAAGCUAUUGAAGCUUUGAAGGAAGAAAGUAAAGGUGAAUACAAAUCAGAUUAUAAGAUGGUGUUAAGAAAGAUUGCAGUUCACAUGGAAAAAAUUGCUACUCAAUUUGUUCGAAAUUUAAGUAGUGUGGGAGGAAAUUUGGUGAUGGCACAAAGGAAUAGUUUUCCUUCAGAUAUUGCUACUAUACUUGUUGCAGCUGGUUCAUUUGUUUGUAUAAUGACUGGUACCUUGCAUGAAAAGCUUACUUUGGAAGAGUUUUUGGGAAGGCCUCCUUUGGAUUUAAAAAGCGUACUUGUAAGUUUAAGAAUCCCUAAUUAUAGAUCAAACCAGAAUAUAUCUCCUAAAAAAGGUAGUAAAUUAUUAUUCGAAACAUAUCGAGCUGCUCCACGACCCCUUGGAAAUGCUUUGGCCUACAUGAAUGCAGCUUUCUUGGUUGAUGUUAUAUGGUCAUCGGGAACAUCUGGUGGUAUUGUGAUAAACAGUUGUCAGUUGGCUUUUGGUGCGUUUGGAACCAAACAUGCAAUUAGAGCAAAAGAAGUUGAGGAGUUUUUAACUGGGAAGAUGCUAUCUGAUGUUGUUCUUUAUGAAGCUAUUAAAUUAGUUAAAGCUACUAUUGUACCUGAAGAUGGGACUCUAUAUCCUACAUAUAGAUCAAGCCUUGCUGUCGCUUUUCUUUUUGAUUUUUUAAGUCCAUUAAUAGAAACCCUUUCUGAUGGUUGGUUGAAUGAACAUAUCAAUAUUUCAAUGUUUAAAGAUGCACAACUAAAACAGAACAAUGACUGGAUGGAUCCUGUUAAAUUCCCUACUUUACUAUCAUCAUCAAAGCAGGUAGUCCAAAUAAACAAGGAAUAUCAACCCAUUGGAGCCCCAAUUAUGAAAUCGGGAGCUGCUCUCCAAGCUUCUGGUGAAGUUGUUUAUGUGGAUGACAUUCCUUCUCCUCAAAAUUGUCUAUAUGGAUCAUUCAUUUAUAGCACAAAGCCUUUUGCAAGGAUUAAGCGCAUAGAACUUAAUUCUAAAUCAGACUCUGAAGGAGUUAUUGCACUUAUUUCUUUUAGAGACAUUCCAAAAGGUGGAGAGAACAUAGGUUCUAUUGGCAUGUAUGGUCAUGAACCUCUGUUUGCUGAUGAGCUUACUCGGCAUUCCGGGGAGCGUCUUGCUCUUGUGGUUGCAGAUACACAGAAACAUGCGGAUUUAACAUCAGAGCUUGCAGUGGUUGAUUAUGACUUUGAAAAUUUAGAACCUCCUAUCUUAACUACAGAAGAGGCUAUAAAAAGAUCAAGCUUUUUUGAAUUUGAGGUCCCCAAACAUGUUGGUGAUGUAUCAAAGGGAAUGGCUGAAGCUGAUUAUAAAAUCAUCUCUAUUGAGAUAACACUUGAUUCUCAAUACUUUUACUAUAUGGAGAAUCAAACCGCCCUUGCUGUGCCAGAUGAAGACAACUGUGUAGUGGUUUAUGCUUCAAUUCAAUACCCUCAAUAUGCACAUACUGUGAUCGCAAGAUGUCUUGGUGUUCCUGAAAAUAAUGUACGUGUGGUUACAAGAAGGCUUGGAGGUAGCUUUGGUGGAAAAGCCACAAAAGCCAUGCCUGUUGCCACAGCAUGUGCACUUGCAGCACACAAGUUACAACGACCUGUUAGGAUGUAUCUCAAUCGUAAGAAUGAUAUGAAAAUGGCAGGAGGAAGACAUCCUAUGAAAGUGACUUACAGUGUAGGGUUCAAAAUGAAUGGGAAGAUUACAGCCUUACAACUUGAUAUAUCAAUCCUUGCAGGCAUAUAUCCAGAUUGGAGUCCGCGGAUUCCAAUACUCCUUAUUGGUGCUCUGAAAAAGUAUAACUGGGGUGCUUUAUCUUUUGAUAUAAAAGUGUGCAAAACAAACCAUCUAAGUAGAACAGCAAUGCGUGCCCCUGGACAGGUGCAAGCCACAUUUAUUGCAGAAGCUGUAAUGGAACAUGUGGCGUCUUUUCUUUCUAUGGAUACAGAUGUUGUAAGAGCCAUAAAUCUCCACACAUAUGAAAGCCUUAACUUAUUCUAUGGUCAUACUGCUGGAAACCCUAUGGAAUACACUUUGAUUUCAAUAUGGGAUAAGUUAGCAACAUCUUCAAAUUUAAACCAAAGGAUUAAAAUGGUAAAAAAGUUUAAUAGGUGUAAUGUGUGGAAGAAAAGGGGUAUUUCUCGAAUACCAGUUAUACAUGAAGUGAUGCUGAGACCAAUUCCAGGAAAAGUAGGCAUUCUUAAUGAUGGUUCUAUUGUUGUUGAAGUUGGGGGUAUAGAGAUGGGCCAAGGGCUCUGGACAAAGGUUAAACAGAUGGUUGUGUUUGCUCUUAGUCCAAUCAAAUGCAAUGGAGCUGGAGACCUCUUGGAUAAAGUACGAGUCGUACAAUAUGAUAGCUUAAGUUUAAUUCAAAGUGGAAUUACUGCUGGCAGUACUACAUCUGAGUCAAGUUGUGAAGCAGUUAGAAUUUGCUGUAAAACCUUAGUUGAGAGACUCCAACCUCUAAAAGAAAGGUUGCAAAUGCAAUUGAGUUCUAUAACUUGGGAGAUACUUAUCAACCAGGCUUAUUUGGAAGCUAUGAAUUUGUCCGCAAGUACUUUGUUUGUCACUGAUGUUGCUUUUAAGCAAUACUUAAAUUAUGGUGCUGCAGUUAGUGAGGUGGAGGUAGACCUUUUAACAGGAGAAACAAUAAUUUUGAGAUCAGAUAUUAUAUAUGAUUGUGGGCAAAGUCUCAACCCUGCUGUGGAUCUUGGACAGAUUGAAGGAGCUUUUGUUCAAGGAAUUGGGUUUUUCAUGCUUGAAGAAUACACGACGGACUCAAAUGGAUUGGUGGUUCAGGAUGGCACAUGGAAUUACAAGAUCCCUACCAUAGACACCAUCCCAAAACACUUCAAUGUUGAAAUACUUAACAGUGGACAUCACCAAAACCAUAUUCUCUCUUCAAAAGGUAUAUUCUUUUUGUACCCAUAAACUUGUGAAAAGCUAUAAUAAUCUCCUCCAUGCAUGUAUUACCUAAGUUUUAUUUCAUAAUCAGCCUUUUAUUUAAGUUUUUGGCUGGAUAAAAAUUAUCAUUUUUAAUUAUUGAUUGCUACCUUAAUUUAUCAGAAUAAAAGGGAUAAUUAGUUAACUACUAGCUUUAGUUAGGC